CCCUUCGUCUCGCACCCGUGGCAGGUAGCUGAUAGGCGCGAAUGGUUGCGUGUUUCACUUGUUUCCUCGAUGGGCAGUUGCCCCCGGGGAGUCGCAUCGAUCGAACGUUCAAUCGGAAAUUUUUCUCGUCGCUUGAAAUUGUCAUUGUUCUCGGGCUAAUGGUAAUAAGGAAGUAACGAAUUCUUUAAAUUCCCAAAAAAAAACUGUGUUUUGAGCUGAAGAAAAUCUUAGGAUAAAAUGUGAUGAUGGUUCGGUUGCCUGCCGUAGUGCAUCAGUGAAGAUAAACGAAUAUUCCCUUCGAGGCGAGAACGUGGGUAGCAGAGCAAAUAAAUUAAAAUUUAUGAAUCAACGGGCGUGCUCAUUCAAGGGUGAAUAAAUAAAAUCAAUCUCCGCGCUGGAGGGCGGGCUUGCAGCGGAUUCAAGAUCACAGCACCCUAGAGGGAAUCUGUACAGCGGCUACGCAGCGAAAGACAGACGGAGGCAAGUCUAAUGGCGUGUUUUGCGAAAUUUUUCUCCAGAAAGCACGGUUCAUUUAACCUGCCCGACGUUGGCAAGACGGAUGAUGGCAUUGUGCCCGUUCGGUUGAGCAGACGAGUCUACGAGCAGGAGUUCAAUCCAACUGCCAACGGAACAGCAAGGUCUGUGGGCAAGUUCUCCCCGAAGGGCAAAGAACGUGAGUCUGGGUUGGGAAGCUUGGAUGAACGAUUGCAUGUUCCGAAUGGAACGUCAUGGGCUGCGAGGCCUAUUUCGGCUCCGCAGCCACAGUUCGAACGAAAGGCGCCACUACCGUCGGUGGCGGUCAAAGAUAGCAUCAGUGCCAGUUCGCAAGAACAGGAAAGAAACGUCAAUCAAGAGCUUCUCAAAGAGAUUCAGCAGACUAAAAUACUCCUCCAGUUAGCGCUGGAGUCAAAGAUGCGGGAACAUCCCAAUAAAGAAGAUAGUCAGCAUUUGGUGAGGCUUGAAAAAGAAAUCAAAGAACUACAGAACCGUAUCAGUACCAGUUCGAAGACGGCAGGACCAAUACCCGUUCAGGAGCCCAUUGUUGUCAAGCAGGCCCUUGGCAUAAUCGGAUCCAGUCCCAAGCCACCACCGGGCAAUUCUCGUUCGAAUCUCCCAAAAUCCGCAUUCAGUAGACAAAUUUCCACCGUACCCAUACAGAAUUCGGAAGCAAACGAUACAUCAGAUGACUACGACACGAUACCGCUGAUGAAGCCUAGGGUUCAACCAGUUCGGGAAGCUUCUAGUUCCGAGGAAGACGAUGAACCAAAUCCUGCAUUACUGCCACCUAGCGGAAGCGAGGACACACUAAGUUAUGACGAUGAACAAGAUGACACCUCUCAAGAUGAAGAACCAACUCCUCCAAAGCUACCUCCACCGCGGAUACCUCCCGAAGUAGAUGACAUGAUCAACAGGGCCGUUCCGUUGGUUUUGGUUGAAAAGCAACCUCCACCGGUGCCAAAGGGUCCUCCACCAAGUCGUAUCCCUCCACCGACUCCAGUAGAAGAGAUCUCCACGUUGGAAAUAACUCAAAGGGAAUCGGAAGAUUCCCUCCCGCCUCCGAAAAUCGAAGAGUUGAACGCCAGUCGGUCUGGUAUUUUGAAGAAGGUUCGCAAAGAGGGUGUUGUUUCGGACAAACCGGAAGCCAAGACUUCUCGAGAUAUCAUUAUUCCCAGUCAUCCUAAGACGGCGGAAGCAGAGUUGCUGAUACGAAAAGCCAUUACGGCGAAUGAAUUCCUGAACAAUCUGAUGGAUGAGGAACGCUUGAAAGCUGUGACGGAUGCGAUGAGUCCGAUGGCAUUCCCACCCAACAGCUACAUCAUUAAAGAAGGGGACAUCGGAGCGCACUUCUUCGUGUCCGCAGACGGAACCUACGAAGUGGUGGCAGAGAAUAAAGUGAUCAAGUCCUUUGGACGAGGAGUUGUGUUUGGAGAGUUGGCUAUUCUGUACAAAGCGAAGAGAUUUGCCUCCAUUCGGGUGACGACGGAGGCGAAGGUUUGGAUGUUGGAGAGAAAGGUCUUCCAGAAGAUUAUGAUGAAGAGCGGGAGGAAGGAGCGAGAGGAGAACGUUAAGUUUUUGAGCACGGUGUCAAUUCUGAAGGAUCUGGAAAUCCAGAAGCUUCUGAAGAUAUCGGAUCUUCUGAAGAGGGAAUUCUACGCCACAGGGUCAACUAUCAUUCAACAGGGGGACCCUGGAGAUAAAUUCUACAUAAUUCGGGGCGGCAGCGUAAAUGUAAUCAAAACCGAUCGCCAUGGAGUGGACAAGCUGGUGGGAACUCUGCAGAGGGGGGCAUACUUUGGGGAGCAAGCUCUGCUCCAUGAGGAUCGGCGGUUGGCGAGUAUAAUUGCGAAUCCUCCUGGAACGGAAUGCUUGACGUUGAAUCGAAUAGCAUUCAACGAAUUCCUCGGAGGGCUGGAGCAACUUCGGGAGAUAAAAUUAUCCGACGAUUUACCUAGAGUUUCCGGAGCCAAGAAUACUGCUUCGGAGUACGAUCACAUCCAGCUGCACGAUCUGACCUACAUCGGCACGCUCGGCAUCGGUGGUUUCGGGCGGGUCGAGCUGGUUCAGUACCAGAAGCAGAAAACGUUUGCCCUCAAGUAUCUGAAGAAGAUCGAAAUGGUGCGGCAGCAGCAGCAGGAGCACGCCUACAGCGAGAAGGACAUUAUGCUGAGCUGUAAUAGCCCGUUUAUUGUGAGAUUGUACAAGACGUACCGCGAUAAAAAGUAUCUGUACUUUCUGAUGGAGGCUUGCCUCGGGGGCGACGUGUGGACGAUCCUGCAGAAGAACAAACACUUUGACGAACGGACGGCACGCUUCAUGGCCGGGUGCGUGGUCGAGGCGUUCGAGUAUUUACACAGCAGGAACAUGAUCUACCGGGAUCUGAAGCCGGAGAAUUUGAUGCUGGACGAGCAGGGCUACAUCAAGCUGGUCGAUUUUGGCUUCGCCAAGCGGAUCGGAGCCAACCAGAAAACGUGGACGUUUGCCGGAACGCCGGAGUACGUUUCACCGGAAAUUAUUCUAAACAAGGGCCACGAUAGAGCGGUGGAUUAUUGGGCGUUGGGCGUUUUCAUUCACGAGCUACUGGUGGGAAAACCUCCGUUCCGUGGGAAAAACCACAUGAAAACCUAUAAUGCCAUUCUGAGGGGAAUCGAUAUUAUUGAGCUGCCGUCGAGGAUUCCGAAAAAGUCUCAGGUGUUGAUAAAGCGGCUCUGUCGGCAGAUUCCGGCCGAACGGCUCGGUUACGGUAAAAAUGGCAUCGCAGAUAUUAAAAACCACCCGUGGUUCUCGGACUUCGGAUGGCAACGGCUGAAAGAGCGCACCCUCCUGGCUCCACUGGUGCGACCAAUCCAAUCCGACACCGACCUGUCCAACUUCGACGAGUAUCCAAAGGAUCAGGACGAACCGCCAGAUGAGACAUCCGGGUGGGAUAUUAAUUUUUAACUCCACCUCAAAUCGAUAUCUACUAAUUAAAAUUAAUAAAUA